CUAGACUCCUGCUCCUGUGGGCCAGUCAUUCUUGACAUCUCUCCCACUUGCAGCACACUCCCUUGUUCUUUUUCAUUCCGUUGCUUCUCCCCUGUUUCCUGCUGUGUUUCUUCAUCCCUUAUCCCACUCCCACUAGGAUCUGCAAAAAAAAAACAAAAACAGCUUUGCAAGGAAAUGGCUUCUAAAGGACAAGUGGGCUACAAGUGUCGCAUAGCAGCAGUGUUCCUUCUGCUCUUGGCCAGUAUCGCUGCUCUUGUCGCCGUCGCCGUCAUCCAGGAUGCCUGGGCCUUAAAAACCUACACUCCACAGUACGGCAUAGUCAUAGAUUCAGGUUCAUCUCGAUCAAAUGUGUUCCUAUAUGAGUGGCCAGGAGAGAAGGAGAAUGAAACAGGAGUGGUGUCAGAGUUAAUGAACUGUAGAGUUGCUGGUGAUGGUAUUUCAGAGAUGAAAACUGACCCGGAGAAAGAUGCUGCAUCGUGGGAGGGUUUCAAAACCUGCAUGGACAAUAUCACUGAAAAAAUUCCUGCUGAAAAACACAAAAGCACUCCUCUUUUUCUUGGAGCUACAGCUGGGAUGAGACUGCUACAGGAAAAGGAUGAAAAUAGGUCCAAAGAAAUCAUGACCAGUCUGAGGGAAUAUCUAGGUUCUCUACCCUUCGCCUUCCAAGAUGCCUCCAUUAUCACCGGUCAGGUGUACGGGUGGAUCACCGUCAACUACCUCAUGGGAAACUUUCUGACGAGAAAUCUGUGGAAUAAAUACAUCCACCCAGACGGAGCAAAGACAGUUGGAUCCAUGGAUCUUGGCGGGGCGUCGACUCAGAUUGCCUUUGCAGUCAAUGAGGAUCUCAUUGGUCCAGAUUACAUGGAAGUCAAGUUAUACGGAUACCCCUACAAUGUCUACACACACAGCUUCCUCUGCUAUGGCAAAAAUGAAGCUGAGAAGAGGGUCCUGGCUAAGGUUGUUGAGGCUGCACCCAACCCAAACCGUAUCAUGAACCCCUGCUAUCCAACGGGUUUUAACGUCACCAUGAAGGCUUCAUCCAUUUAUGACACAACAUGCACGACGAAGCCGAAAAACUACAACCCAGACCAAGAGCUCUUCAUGGAGGGAGAAGGCAGCUCGGAAAAGUGUGAAAGGAUAGUGAAGUCUAUAUUUGAUUUCGACACCUGUUCUGCAACCCAGUGUUCUUUCGAUGGGGUUGAGCAGCCACCGGUGGUUGGAGAUUUUAUGGCAUAUGCAGGUUUCUUCUACACUAACAGGGCUAUGCAAAUAGAAGGCCCACCGGAUCUUGAUAAAUUCAACGCCUCAAUAACGAAAUUUUGUGAAACAGAAUGGACACAGCUGAAGGCCCAAAAGACGUGGAUCUCUGAUAGAUACCUCAAGACUUAUUGCUAUUCAGGUCACUACGUUUUCACUUUGCUGGCGGACGGAUACAAGUUUGACCACGAAACCUGGAAAAACAUAGCAUUUGAAAAAGAGGUAAAGAAUACCAGCAUAGGUUGGAGUUUAGGCUACAUGCUGAGUAUGUCCAACAUGAUCCCAUCUGAUGUGACAGAGAUCCCCCCCAUGACAAACCCCACCUUCGCUGGGUUAAUCUUUCUAUUCUCAGCUCUAACCAUUAUCACAGUUGUGUGCGUGUUCAUCAUCCUCAUUCGCACAUGCUACUGAGAGUAUCAUACCGUAUGUACGAAGGAAAUGAGCAGCCACUGAAGGCGUGAGAGAUCGCAGAGUGUCAUGGUAGCAUGUGCUAAAGCUUCUGUCUGUGAUAUAAGUAUAAAAACACACGUUCUGAAGAAGUGAAUUUGUGCCUCAGGGAAACUCAAGUAAAGUGAUUCUUCUGUAUUAAGUUGUCUUUCCAUGAGCUGCAACUGGGAUUUUUUUUUCUACUUUUUUUUUUUUUUUUGUUAACAGGG